AUGUCCCAGUCGUGCCAGAAUGCAUUUAUUCUGCAGAGUCUCGGGCUCGAUGGCGUGCAGGAUGCCCACGAUACCCAGCGCGAGACACAGGAUCGUGAUACUUUGACGCAGCGGCCACCGCCCGAGAUUCCCGAGGCGCUCACUGCGCCCGAAUUUGACGAGCUCAAGCUCCUUUCCAACCGGUGGAACCACAAAGUGCCGGAGCAGUAUGACGAGAACGGAAACGAGACAUACGAGUGGGGGUGGUACCAGUCGGUACAGCGUCUGUGGAGCCGGUGGCAGGAUAUUUUUGAGCGCUUCAGCGAUGCGCACCUCACCGACGACACGGAAAUCUACCUGGGCCGCGCCAAGGUCCCUGGCGACGUGCCGCGCUAUGUGCCACGCGAACAAGAGUCUAUGGAUGAGGAAGAGCUGCACCGCUUUGCGAUGGAGCAGGCGUUGGCCGACACGAGUGGCGCGCCGCUGUCGCAGCAGGAGCUCGAGACCAAGAUGGCCGACAUCAAAGAGUUUCUGCGGCUCGAGUCGACGCGCCGCGCAAUGCACGGCGACGAGAACGAGUUGGAGGAUGUUGUGGACCUUGGCGAGCCCGAGCAGCCGCCCAAGCCCCCACCUCCUCCCCGCACGCCGAUCAGCACCGAGGCGCAUGCCGACAUUGGCGUCGAGCUCGACAUUUAUCGCUCCGUCAAACGCGAAGCCGUAGAACAGCUGCUGCGGUCCGACACGCUCGGCAACUCGGCGCUCCCUUAUGAUAUCCCCGGUCUGCAAACCAUGCUUGCGGCCUAA